AUGACACCUAAGAGUCUUCAUAAGCUCUUCGUUCAUGCCCUUAAAUCUGCUGCCAUUCAGCCUACAGAUUGCAAAGUGGAGUCUGUUCGCCUUCGUGGGGCUGUUCCAGUAACUGGUGGCACCAGCCGACAAGCACGCAAAAGGUCUUCAAUACAGCAUGACUUUGCUGCCGGUGAUUCGCACACCCAAAUCGGAUUUGUUGUCUUCACCUCUCCAGUGGGGGUCCCGGCCGCACUAAAGAUGAAUGGCUAUUUCCUACCGAAAGGCGGUUCAGGUGAUGGCAAUCACAUCCGUGUUGAUGUGUGCAGCCGCCAGAAAGCGUCUUACAACACUCGAAAUAGCAUAUUCAUAGGAAAUCUCCCAUUUUCGGCUAACGAAGAACAAGUUCGCCAAGUCUUUGCCCCUUUCGGCAAAAUAACCAGUGUUCGACUAGUCCGUGACUCAGCAACGGGCGCAGUGAAGGGAAUCGGCUUCGUUGAAUUCGAGGACGCAAGCUCUGUUCCACUUGCUAUCCGACGAGGUGCCAUCAAAAGCGAUGAUUCCAAUAACCAACAGGGACUAGUUGUCGGUGGACGUCAGUUGCGCGUGGAGGCUUGGAAGUCCAUCAAAAAGGCCAAAGAUCCUGCAAAGCGGCGAGAGAAAUCACAGAAUACCAGGGGCAUCUCUUCAGGUAGCGGUCGUGUCAAUAGCAUCAGAGUUCCUACAAAUCUUCGCGGCAGGCAAGCACGAAAAAAGUUCGUAAAACAAGCGCUACAAAAACGAAACAAAAGGAAACAGAUGGAGGUGACUGAUGGCAGUACAAAAGUGUUAAAGAAAAGAAAAACGGCAGCAACAGGCGUCGCAAGGAAUCCGCGUAAAAAAAUUAAGAAAGCUACUAGAUGA